GAGAGCCUUUAAAUCUUGGUCCUUCCGGAGUGUGCUCGCGCCGCGGCGGUCACGACUAUGUCCACCAGAUAAUACGCGUCACCGUGACAGCUGGUCGCCGCCUGGUCUCACCUGUCCGCACCCGGUGUGUGUGUGUGUGUGUGUGUGUCGCUGAGCCGACGGACUACUUUAACUCGACAGGUAACGAGGCUCCUUCCUCCGCCGCAGAGCGUCAUUAGUGAGCAAAUAAACAACCUCGGCUCCUCUCUCUGCCUCGCUGCCCGUCGCUGAGCGCUUGAGAGCCACCUCCACGCCGGCGGUUUCAUCCACAGUGACCGUCCGUAACUGUCAUGUCUCGUGUGCCUCCGCUAACCUCCCAGGCUUCGCUCGCAAAGGGACACAUGGCUGAAAUCAGCGCUGGGCCGCCCUCGCCCUCCACGGUGUUGCAGGAGGAGGACGACGCCGCCGCCGCCGCCGGAGCUUUCCAUCUGAGCUGCGAGGACUACCUGUUCGUGGAGGCCUGGCACCCCAACGCGGUGCUGCAGGGCCUGAACAGCCUGCGGCUCAACAACGCCUUCUGUGACGUGACCCUGUGCUGCGGGGGGCAGGAGUUCCCGUGCCAUCGCAUCGUGCUGGCCUCCUUCAGCUCCUACUUCCAGGCCAUGUUUUCCACUGACCUGAUUGAGUCCAAACAGGAGCGUGUAGCCAUCAAUGGAGUCGAGCCUCAGAUGAUUGGCAUGCUGGUGAGCUACGCCUACACGUCAGAGGUCUACAUUUCUAAAGCAAAUGUGCAGGCGCUGCUGGCAGCGGCUAACCUGCUGGACGUGAUGGCCGUGCAGGAAGCCUGUUGUCGUUUCAUGGAGCGUCAGAUGGACGAGAUGAACUGUGUGGGCAUCCACUGCUUCGCUGAGGCUCAUUCCUGCAAAGUGCUGGAGAAACACAGCAUGGACUACAUCCACGAGCACUUCAGCAGCGUUUCUCAGCAGGAGGAGUUCCUGUCUCUCUGUGUGGACAAACUCACAGAAGUCAUUGCUAGUGAUUUUCUAAAUGUGCCUAAAGAGGAGAUGGUGUUUGAGGCCGCCAUGUCGUGGUUGAAUAAAUGCACCACUCGCAAACAGAGCUUUGAAAAGGUGCUCGAACAUAUCCGGCUGCCGCUCAUAAGCCCGUACUACCUCCAUGAUGUGAUCGAGUCUCUGGAUGUGGUGAAGGAGAACCAGGCGUGCCAGAAGCUCAUCUCUGAGGCGAAGGACUACAUGCUGCUGAAGGACCGCCGUGGAGAGCUCUACUGCCCCAGAGCGAGGCUACGCAGGUCCACAGGGACGGCUGAAGUGAUCGUGACAGUAGGCGGGGAGGAUGACAAGGUGGUGCUGCGCAGCGUCGAGAGCUUCGACCCCGUGACUAAUCGGUGGAAGAAUCUGGCCUGCCUGCCCUUCGCUGUGAGCAAACACGGGCUGGUCGUGUCAGACUCCACCCUGUAUCUGGCUGGAGGAGAGUUCCCCGACGGCUCGGCCAGCCGGGAGGCGUGGCGCUACGACCCCUGCGUCGACUCCUGGAUGGAGAUGGCUCCCAUGAAUGUCGCUCGUUCUGAGUUGGGCCUGGUGAUGCUGGACGGCUUUGUGUAUGCAGUGGGAGGCUGGGAGGGCCGCUCUCGUCUGGACUCGGUGGAGUGCUACAACCCUCACACCAACUCCUGGCAGUUCACGAAGUCUGUCAAGAUGGCCGUCACGAGUCCCGCUGUGGUGGCCAUGGACGGACUGCUCUACGUCACUGGUGGUGCGGUUCUAGACGAUGGCGACGGCACAGACCUCGCUCAAGUGUACAACCCUAAAACCUCUGAGUGGACAGAGGUUGCUCCCAUGCAGAUCGCUCGCUCUGGUUCAGCUGCUUGCAUGCUCAAAGGAAAGAUUUAUGCGAUAGGUGGAUGGCACGCCUCGACGGAGAACACCGAUAAGGUGGAGUGUUACAGUCCUAAGACCAAUCAGUGGACCAUGUGCGCCCCCAUGAAGGAGCGACGCUACCGGCCUGGCGCUACCGUGGUAGAUGGAAAGAUCUACGUCCUGGGAGGAGAAGAAGGCUGGGACAGAUAUCACGACACUAUCGAGAGGUACUGUGACGAGACGGACACGUGGGAGAUCGUCGGGGAGAUGCCCACCAGUCGCAGCUGGCUCAGCUGUGUGUCCCUCCAGCUGAGGAAGGACGCCGAGUGACAACUGAGCGGCGUCGGCGUCGGAGGAAUUCUUUUAUGGUCAUUCUUUGCACCAUCCGCAAGGGACGGUACACCAUAAAGCUCAGCAACGGAGAUGCUGCCUGGAUUCGGCACAGCGCUGUUUGAGCUGUUACUGGCGCCAAAGAGUAGAAGUUUUUUUUAAAAAAAGAAUCCGACUGCUUGUGGAAUAACCCUCUUUUGGCACGGUGAAGUAAGUAACUGACAACUCGGUGAGCAGUCCAAACUAACGCUGUAUGUUUAUGGUGCUGUUUUAAUGUCUGAGCACUUUCUCAGCCAAAAAGCUUAUUUAAAGUUUAUUUUUGUAUUAUAUUGUGCUGUAUUUAUUUACUACCUGUGAAGAAGACUUAAAAAAAAGUAAACAUUUUUGCUCUGUCAAAAGAUGCUCAAUUUGCCAAAGAAUCUACUUUUCAAAGGUCAACUGUGAAAAAGUUGUUUAAACAUGAGCAGUGUUUUGUAAUUAAACUUUGUACGAAUGA